UGGAUGGAGAAGUACACUAAUUUCCGGCAAUUUAAUCGGGGCCAAGCGCGGCCGCUGCAAGGCACGGCCGUGGCGGUGCCGUCACCCACAAAGCCCCCAAACACGUUGCUCUAUCCCUGGCACUGCCCUUUGUUGACUGGGUCUGCCGUGCCGUCAGCGCCUUCCCGACCCUUGCCAUCUGAUCUGGCUAGGGCCCUGUCGCUGACCGGAUUUGUAUAAAUCUCGCCUGCCUUGGCAUCCCAGAGCUCUUGUUGAAGCCAGCAAAGGUUUCUGCUCUGUGGUACAAGCCUGAUUCUUGUUCUGCCGCUCAAGUCAUCAGCUUCCCGCUUGAUCGAUCAACGCCAGAACGAAACCGGGAAGCGCCAACUGCACAUCACCUCUCUCCAAACUCGCCCAUAUUCUCCGCAACCAUGCGCGUCUCGGACAGCCUGUCACUGCUGCUGGCGGCGGCCGGUAGCCAAGUCUCUGCGCAAUCAUUUGUGACCACUACGUCCACCGGCGCCACAAGCGCCACCAGCGCGACCCCGAGCAGUACAGGGUCGGUCACAGGCGAACUCGGCGACGCCACCGUGGUGACCAACAACCCGCCAGGCGUCGUGUACAAGGCGACAUUCCCCGAGUCGGCCUUCUUCGCGCCGGCCUUCCCUAACGGCGGCAACAUCAAGGGCGAGAUCACGGCUGUCGCAAACUCGAACGGCACGGGCGUGGUCUUCUCGGUGAAGCUCAGCAACCUGCCCAAGAUCGGGGCCUCGCUGCCCUACCACAUCCACGUGGACCCCGUGCCGGCGGACGGCAACUGCACCGCCACACUGGCACACCUCGACCCCUUCAUCCGCGGCGAGACGCCGCCGUGCGACAAGAAUGCGCCAGCCACGUGCCAAGUCGGCGACCUGAGCGGCAAGCACGGCGCGAUCCCUACGGACCAAGACACGUGGGAGACGUCGUACGUGGACCUGUACGCGUCGACGCUCGAGGGCAUCGGCGCCUUCUUCGGCAACCGCAGCAUCGUGGUCCACUACCCUAACAAGACGCGCAUCACGUGCGCCAGCUUCGUCAAGGUCGGGGGCAGCGCGAGCCUGCCCGUGACCACGUCUGCGCCCACGUCCACGCCCACGGCCAGCCCCACGCAGGGCGGUAAUUCGACCGCGCCGACGACCACGCGGGGUGCCGCGCCCAGCAUAUCGAGCAGCGUAGCUGCCGCUGUGUCGGGCUUGCGCACGGGUGUUGCCGGGGCGCUGGUAUUUGGUGCCGCGGUGGUCUUCAUGCUCUAAGCGGGGGAGUCUUCGUCGCGGCGGUGUCGUUGGCGGACUUUAGAGUGGUGGAUACUUCCAGCCUGCUUGUAGUGUAUCAUGCCGGAGUAGAGGCAGAAGGAUCAGCGGGUCAAUAACUAAUCGAGUGCAGCUAGUUAAUAUUCAGCUGGGUUCUAACGAGGAGCAAAGGGUGGGACGGAAGGGGAUCGUGUGUAGCCAUAGCCGAAUAGCAACACAUUGACUGGCCGCUGGGCGCAUGAACUGCUGAAUGGAUGAUGACAAAAUGUGGAAUCGUCCUAAAGUGGCCUAUGUGGGCGAGCGUACAGAUAUCGGCUGUUGCCCAACCGUCAUGCCAUUGAUCUCAAUCUUCAAGAAA